UGUCGGUGCUGCUGUCAUAAGCGGCGGUGCACGGGAGCGAGGAGAGAAAUUCCCCUUUCUCGGGCUGUGAAUGGCAGAUCUGCUGAGCUUUUCCAGCUUCAGUCUGUGUUCAUGCUUGAUUGAUUUUGUUUCACCCAUGGCCACUGAGCUUUGGACUUGUUUACAGCUGUGGUACAAACAUUGCUGUAAGAACUGAUCUCCCAGGCAUGAAAUGAGUUGAGUGAUUGCAUUUGAGAUCAAGGCAACAUUUGACCAAGAUUGGCAUCAAGGAACUUUAGCAAAAUUUAAUUCAAUGAAGGGGAAAGCUCUCCGUUAGCACAAAGAAAUUUGAUUGCAGUUGUCGGAAGACGAUUAUCUCAAUCCAAAGAAAUCAUUGAGAGGUCCUCAGUACAGUAACCAUGCCCAAACAUUUUCAUCACUGAUUUUAUCUACUUACUGAUGUCAUGAAUGAGGGAUGUUUGAUUUUUGCAAUGUUCAUUACCAUUUCCAACUUCUUGUACUGAAGAGGCUUAUAAUAAUAUAUAGAAAGCCCUGAAAACAUCUAGCAUAGGCUGGUGAGUGGCAAGUAACAUUUGUACAAUAUAAAUGAUCUCCAAAUGGAGAGACUUUAACCAUCAUGCCAUGUUUUACAUCAUUGAAUCUACUGCUAUCAACAUCCUGGGAAUUAUCAUGGACUAGAAACUGAACUGGACCAAUCCUAAAUGUGUCUUGAGGUGUGCUAUUGCUACAAGAGAAGGUCAGAGGCCAGGAAUUCUUUCACCAGUAACUUUUCACCCAGGAUUCUCAAAACUCAAGUCACUGGUGGAUAGUAUCACAUUCCAACGUGCCCUCUAAGCAGCUGAUCUGAUGUUCAGUGCACAGCAAUUGUCAUGCCAGUGCAGAUCACAGCGUUGACAUCUGAAAGUGGUUGUCAUACACCGAUCUCAAAGGCUCACACACAAGAGGACAAUAUAUUUAAAGGGAAUUCUACCCCUUCUCUUCCCUGUUUGGAUGCAGCUCUAGCAACACUUCAUUUACAGCAAAGCAGCUGGCUGGAUUGACAUUUCAGUAUUCACUUUCUGUACCACUGAUGCCCACUGGCAGCAGUAUACACCAUUGAUAAGAUACACUGCAGAAUUCACCAGGCCUCCUUUGACUGCAUCUUCCAAACCCUCAGCCUCUGCCCUUGAGGAAGGAUAGUGCCAGCAAGUGCAUAAGAACGCCACCAUCUGCAACUUCCUCUCCAGGCCACGCUCCAUCCUGACUUGGAACAGUAUGACUUCAUUCAUUUGCUGUUACUCCCUCCUGACAGCACUAUGGGAAAUGCAGAGAAGUUGUUCUACUGUACUCUAGCCUGGUGAAAUGUUGGUGCCAAUACACCUUCUGUUUCCAGCACUUAGAAAUGGAGAGAUGAGCAAAAUGUAUGUCACAGCCUGCCGCCAUCACAUCUUCCAGAGUCACCUAUCUACACAAAUCAGUUGGCAAGCAACAGUCAGAUUCCUGCGAAAGACUUUACCAAGACUCCUCUUCAAAUGGAGCAAACCUGAAGACUUAUUUGGUAAUUUCCAUUCAAGGAACUACAGGACCACUGUUGUGCAAUUUUAUAACCUUACUCCUCCUCAAGUUAACAGUAUUCUGAAAGCAAAUGAGUACAGUUUUAAAGUACCCGAAUUUGAUGGGAAGAAUGUUAGUUCUGUUCUUGGUUUUGACUCUAACCAGCUGUCAGCUAAUUCUCCGGUUGAAGAUCGCAGAUGUGCGGCUACCUGCCUGCAAACCAGAGGAAUGCUCCUGACUGUUAUAGAUGGACAUGCAGGAUGUGCCUGUGCACAAGCAGUCAGUGAAAGACUGUUUUACUAUAUUGCUGUUGCUUUGCUAAAUCAAGAAACCUUACUGGAAAUAGAGAAUGCAGUGGAAAAUGGCAGUGUUGUAUUGCCACUUUUACAGUGGCAUAAACAUCCUAUUGAUUACUUCAGUAAGGAGGCUUCAAAGAUGUACUUUGAUAGCUUAAGAACCUACUGGCAAGAGCUAAUUGAUCUGCACACUGAAGAGACGCCAGAUAUAAUGGAAGCUUUGAUAAAUUCAUUCAAAAGGCUUGACAAUGAUAUUUCCUUAGAAGCUCAAGUGGGUAAUAGCAAUUCCUUUCUCAAUUAUUGGCAGUUGCGUGUGGCCUUUUCUGGUGCAACUGCCUGUGUUGCACACAUUGAUGGUUUAGAUUUGCACAUUGCAAAUGCUGGAGACAGCAGAGCUGUGCUUGGAGUUCAGGCAGAAGAUGGAACGUGGUCUGCACUCACACUGUCUAAUGACCAUAAUGCACAGAAUGAGAGGGAAGUCGAAAGAGUAAAGUCUGAACACCCAAAAUCUGAGGCCAAGACUAUUAUCAAACAAGACCGUCUGCUUUCCUUGCUAAUGCCAUUUAGAGCUUUUGGAGAUGUUAAGUUCAAGUGGAGCAUAGAUUUGCAGAAACGGGUGCUGGAGUCUGGUCCAGAGGUGUUAAAUGAGAAUGACUGUACAAAAUUCUUUCCACCUAAUUAUCUCACUCCCCCAUAUUUAACGGCUCAACCUGAAGUGACUUACCAUAAAUUAAGGCCUCAGGACAAAUUUCUUGUAUUGGCCACAGAUGGCCUGUGGGAAAUUUUACAUAGAGAGGAUGUUGUAAGAAUAAUUGGGGAACACAUAACUGGUGUCCACCUUCAGCAACCUAUUUCUGUUGGGGGUUAUAAAGUGACUCUUGGUCAGAUGCAUGGUAUAUUAAUGGAAAGAAGAGAUCGCAUUUCAUCUGCAUUUGAGGAUCAAAAUUCUGCAACUCAUCUUAUAAGGCAUGCUGUUGGUCAAAAUGAGUUUGGGGCUAUUGAUCAUGAACGUUUGUCCAAGAUGUUAAGUCUUCCUGAAGAGCUUGCAAGAAUGUACAGAGAUGAUAUAACGGUUACAAUAGUGCAGUUUAAUACCCAUGUUAUAAGUACACAUUAUAAGCAUAAUGAAGAAAACUGAAAGCUAUGGUUUGCAGGAUAAAUGUAGGUCAACAAAAUUUUGGAUACGUGAGGUUUUUGAGAAAAUGGUACCACAAUUGCCUCUCUUUUGGUUAAUGUAAGCAAAUAUUAUUACAACUAGGUCACUAGUAAUGACUUGAUCUCCUGAAAGUUGGAAUUUGGUGGCUGUCUGUCUGGCUUAAGUACAUUGGAGAGAUCUGCAAUGCUUUAAUGUGACAAUUGUAAAUAAACAAACAAGAUCGAACAUUUAGCUUUGUAUGAAACAGAAGUUUAAUUUGAGUGUCACCAGGUAUAACAAAAUUCAUAAUAAAGUAAUGUUUAUUUAUCCAAGUGUAAGUUACAAGAAGGUUUGUGAUAUGAUAGUAUAAAAUUAUAUUGAUUGCAAUUGCUUAGAUAACUAUUCCAGAAAGUGAAAAUAAAAUGUAACACUAUGGUUGCUUUUAUGUUCUAAUUCAGAUGCUGGUCUCCUGUAUCUGCAUUAAAAUAUAACCACAGGUUAUAUCUUUAUAGUUAGUUUACAGUCUGUGCUGAAGUUUGUAUUUUGUGCUGCAGGGUCUGUUAACAAUUUUUUUAAAUUCAUUCAUGGGAUGAGGGCAUUGUUGGCAUUUAUUGCCCAGAGGGCAGUUAAGACUAAACCACAUUGCAGUGGGUCUGCAGUCAUACGUAGGCCAGACCAGGUCAGGAUGGCAGCUUUCUUCCCUGAAGGACACUAGUGAAACAGAUGCAUUUUACUGACAAUCAACAAUGGGCUCACAGUCAUCAUUAGACUCAAUUCCAGAUAUUUACUGAAUUUAAAUUCCAGCAUCUACUGUUGUGGGAUCCAAACCUGGGUCCCCAGUCCCCCUGGGUCUCUGGAUUAAUGGUCCAGCGAUUUAAUACCACUAGGCCACUGCCUCCCUCACAUUUUAAAUAAAUUAUUUUAAGAACUGUGUUCACAGUUUUAACUGUUGUGAAUGAGUUCUGUCAAAUAGAUUGCUGUUCCUGCAGUGAGGAUUGGAAUGCACUACUACAGUCUGGUUUGGAAGGCAAUUGCAAUUGAUUGCUGUGGUUGCAAUUUGAUAUUGUAUUGCCUUCUGUUUUCUCCCACAGGCUUUUCACUAACUCAGGAGAAGGAUAAGAAAAGGAUCUUUCAAUUUUUAAAUCAGUUGUAAUUUUUGUUUUCCAAAUACAAGUAAGAUAUAAAUUAUUUAACAUCUGUAACAACAUAUCUUUGGGGAGAAUGUUUAAUCUAACUAGGGUGUUUUUGAGCUAUUUGAUCAAAUAUACAAGCAAAUAAGAGCUGACAGCAUGCAUUUUCAUAUUGAUCUUGGGUCACUAACAGUGUACUUCUGGUGGGACAUGUUUUGAUGGCCUGGAAUAGUGUCUUUCUAUAGUUUUGUUUUUUGUUUUGUUUUUGUCAAAUGGCACCACUGAAGUAAGACAUGCUGCAAACUAAAGAAUUGACAAUUAUGAAGCAUGUGUGUCUGAAUGCCUAAAUAUCUUUUUAGGCCUCAAUUGUUAGCCAGUCUUCUGAAAAAUGCUAUACUGUGAAAUAAGAGUAUUGUAUUUGUUAAUUAACUAACUGUAAUGUUGUGGGAAAGCCUUGACAGUUCCCAUGCAUUUUGUGCAACUGUCAAACCUCUUGACAGGUCAAGUGCUUAAAUGCACGAAUCUUGAAUUUAAAAAGAGGUAUGAAUGCUUUGCAUUUGCUUUAUUUCAAUAUUCCUUUUGACUUUUGUUUUUUAACAUCUGAGAAACAAAAAGGCAAUUCUGUUUUGUUUCUAUUUGAAGGGAUUUUCCAGCGUUUGAUUCUUGUUGCAUAUUAUGUUGUGUGUGUGAAUAUGUAUAUGCUAAGUAAACUGGCAAACCACAAAACAUUGCUACAGCUGUGAAGAGGUUUUCUUCAAUUGAUUGAUUCAUUUUGUUAAAAGAAUGGUAUUUAGGUAUGUGCUGUGGUGUGCAGUACUAUCUGAAACAUUAAUAUAUUUUACAAGGGGGGGGGAAAGGAACUGCAUUUCUUUUAUAAUUACAUCAAUAACAAAUCUGCAACAGCAUUUUAGGCACGUAUUUAAUUUACAUAAAUUUUACAAUUAUUCCACUCUUGAGUAACAUAUUAAAAAGAGCUUGGUGUAUAUAGAGUAUUGGAAAACUAUAUUCUGGCAAUCUAGGUAACUAUACCAUAAUGAUAUUGCAUUCACUGUGAUUAGCCAUCAAAUCACAUAAUACAUUUCCAGAAUAAUACAGUGCCAAAUUCAAGUCUGUGUUUAACAAGUUUUGACUCUGACGUUUGCAUAAGGUUUUUCCCCCUGUUUGGAUGAACAGGACUAUAUUUAUCCCAUUGGUGUCAUUCUGAAAGAGUCAACCAUUUUCCUUUUUUUGCUUUUUCCAAGACCACCACGGCGGCGGCACCGCCACCACGCCC